CAUCUCUCCUCUCCUCCGCAGUGGGACGCAAUAACAGAGAUGGAUGAGCACAACCGGCCCAUCCACACCUUCCAGGUGUGCCACGUCAUGGAACCCAACCAGAACAACUGGCUCCGCUCCAACUGGAUCUUCCGCCAGGCAGCCCAAAAGGUCUACGUGGAGCUGCGGUUCACCCUCCGCGACUGCAACUCCAUCCCCUGGGUGUCGGGCACCUGCAAGGAGACCUUUAACCUUUUCUACUACGAGACCGACGAGGCCCACGGCGUCAAGUUCAAAUCCUCCCAGUUCACCAAGAUCGACACCAUCGCUGCCGACGAGAGCUUCACCCAGAUGGACCUGGGCGACCGCAUCCUCAAGCUGAACACUGAGGUCCGCGAGGUGGGGCCCAUCACUCGGAAAGGCUUCUACCUGGCCUUCCAGGACAUCGGCGCCUGCAUCGCCCUGGUGUCAGUCAGGGUCUACUAUAAGAAGUGCCCUUUCACCCUGAGGAACCUGGCCUCCUUCCCCGACACGGUGCCGCGCGUCGACUCCUCCUCAUUGGUGGAGGUAAGGGGGGCGUGUGUGGACCACGCUGAGGAGAGAGACCCCCCCAAGCUGUACUGCGGGGCGGAUGGUGAUUGGCUGGUGCCCCUGGGGAAGUGUGUCUGCAGCGUGGGCUAUGAGGAUAUGGACAGCUCCUGCCUCGCGUGUCGCCCUGGCUUCUACAAGGCGUUUGCGGGAAACAUCAAGUGCUCCAAGUGCCCCCCGCACAGCUUCAGCUACGGGGAGGGGGCUGCGCUGUGCCUCUGCGAGAAGGGCUUCUUCAGGGCCCAGAAGGACCCCCCCACCAUGGCCUGCACCCGCCCACCGUCCCCCCCGCGCAACUUGGUUUUCAACCUCAACGACACCAGCCUCCUGCUGGAGUGGAAUCCGCCUAGCGACAGCGGCGGCCGGCGCGACCUGACCUACAACGUGCUGUGCAAGCGCUGCGGGCCCGAGGCAGACCGAUGCCAGCUCUGCGAGGAGGAGCUCCGCUUCCUGCCCCGCCAUCAAGGCCUGACCAACGCCACGGUAACGGUGGUGGACUUCUCCUCUCACGCCAACUACACCUUUGAGAUUGAGUCGCUGAACGGCGUGUCGGACCUCAGCUCCUUCCCCAGACCUGUGGCGGCCAUUACCGUCAGCACCGACCAGGGGGGUCCAUCUCUGGUGGGCCAGCUGAAGAAGGACUGGGCCUCUCCCAACAGUAUCGCCCUCUCAUGGCAGGCGCCGGAACAGACUCCCCUGCCAGUCCUGGACUACGAGGUCAAAUACUAUGAGAAGGAGCACGAGCAGCUCAGCUAUUCGUCCACCCGUACCAAAGUCCCCAACGUCAUCAUCACGGGCCUGAAGCCCUCCACCUGGUACGUGUUCAGCCUUCGAACCCGGAGCCCGGCCGGACACAGCUCCUACAGCCCCAAGUACGAACACGAGACCACGGGAGACUCAUCCGACAUAGCACCGGACCAGGGCCAGGUGUUGGUCAUCGUCACGGCAGCGGUGGGUGGCUUCACCCUCCUCGUCAUCCUCACCCUGUUCUUCCUCAUCACUGGACGAUGCCAGUGGUAUAUCAAGUCCAAGAUGAGUUCUGAGGACAAAAGGAGAACCAACUAUCAGAAUGGACAUGUCCCCUUCCCAGGCAUAAAGACCUACGUCGACCCUGACACCUACGAGGACCCCGCUCAGGCCGUCCACGAGUUCGCGAAGGAGAUCGACCCCUCCCGCAUCCGCAUCGAGAGGGUGAUCGGAGCAGGUGAGUUUGGUGAGGUCUGCAGUGGACGUCUGCGAACCCCGGGGAAGAAAGAAAUCGGCGUGGCGAUCAAAACGCUGAAGGGCGGAUAUGUCGAGCGCCAAAGGCGGGACUUCCUCCGUGAGGCCAGCAUCAUGGGACAGUUUGACCACCCCAACAUCAUCAGGCUGGAGGGCGUGGUCACCAAAAGCCGGCCUGUGAUGAUUGUUGUGGAGUACAUGGAGAAUGGAUCUCUGGACUCUUUCCUGAGGAAACACGACGGGCACUUUACGGUCAUCCAGCUGGUGGGCAUGCUGCGUGGCAUCGCUUCGGGCAUGAAGUACCUGUCAGACAUGGGCUACGUUCACCGAGACCUGGCAGCGCGCAACAUCCUGGUCAACAGCAACCUGGUGUGUAAGGUGUCUGACUUCGGCCUGUCCAGAGUCCUGGAGGACGACCCGGAGGCUGCAUACACCACUACGGGAGGUAAGAUCCCCAUCCGAUGGACAGCACCAGAGGCCAUCUCAUACAGGAAGUUCUCGUCAGCCAGCGACACCUGGAGCUACGGUAUCGUCAUGUGGGAAGUGAUGUCAUAUGGGGAACGGCCGUACUGGGAGAUGUCCAAUCAGGAUGUGAUUCUGUCGAUAGAGGAGGGGUACCGGCUGCCCGCGCCCAUGGGAUGCCCCGUGGCACUACACCAGCUGAUGCUGCACUGCUGGCAGAAGGAGAGGAGCCACCGGCCCAAGUUCACUGACGUUGUGUCCUUCCUGGACAAGCUGAUCCGUAACCCCAGCAGCCUGCUUCCCCUGGUGGAGGACAUCCAGAGCCUCCAAGAAUCCCCUGGAGAGGUAAUAGACUACCCCAUGUUCAUCUCCAUCGGGGAUUGGCUGGACACCAUCAAGAUGAGCCAAUACAAAAGCAAUUUUGUGGCCGCAGGAUUCAACACUCUGGACUCCGUUGCCAGGAUGAGCAUUGAAGAUGUCCGGCGGAUAGGCGUAGCGUUGAUUGGGCACCAGAGGCGGAUUGUGAGCAGUAUACAGACGCUCCGCAUGCAGUUGCUGCAACAACAGGAGAAGGGCUUCCAUGUUUGAGACCGUAGAACCACAGCGUGGUUGGACGGAUGGACAGAAGGAGGAAUAGGACAGAUGGACAGAAGGAGGAAUGGACAGAUGAGGAAAUAAAAGAAUAUAGAAGGAGAGACAGACAGCUCAAGCCUGUGCCUCAAUCUUCACCCCGCAGACAGACAGACAGACAGACAGUCUCAGUCAGGUGGCCAACCACCAUUUUCAGAGUCACUCAUUAGCCGGUUGCCUCAUUAGAUUCCCGGCGACCACACAGACCUGUUUUCUAUACCCUGGACCUGCUUUAGAUCAGACUGAAGAGAGAGAGAGACUCUCAGAGACUGCCCCCUCCUCCCGUCCCCUCGCCUCCGCCUACUUUGCCAGCCCACCCCAGGAGAAUGUAUGCCUUGUCGCAGCAGCAAUCUUUCUACAUAUGUGGAGCAGCAGUGUUAUCAGUGUGUAGAGCUGUAGAUUUCCAUCUACAAUUUCUCUCCAUGUUUUGUGACCAUGUAGCUGCUAUCAGACGUGCAAUCAAAAGGAUUGUCCUUAAAUAUUAUAUGAAGUUAUUUUGGAGUUUUAAUAGCCUAAGUAAAGUCAUAAUGGUAUUAUUGUUAUGUUCUUUCAAUAACCUUGCACCGGAGAAUCUGGUGUUCGAAUACUUGAAGAAAAUGAGGCGACGAUUUUGAAGUGCAGAUUUCUGAAUGUUUUAAGUGUUUAGACAGUUUUAUCAAUUAUAAUCACAACCUGAUAUUUAUCUAUGUGCAGUCCUGUAUGUGAACGCCCUAGUGAAUCUGGAUCUUUAUCUCUUUGUUUAUAAAUAACGUUAUCUCAAUCAGCAAUAUAUGCAGUCAUCUCAGUAAGUCCCACUACUAGGUGGUACUCUCUUAUGGACCUAUAGACUCUGAGAAGAAACCGAUGCCACCUCAGAUGACACUAUGUCACACAUCUUAACUCUGUACAUGGCAGGCAAACACUAUGGACUCAUGGCAGCUGUCAAAACAUUGUGUAUAUAGUAGUAUUGGGGGCCAGAAUCAUAGGUUGUUGGAUAUAAGUAGUUGGUGUCAUGAUGUUUGUUUGAAGGCCCUGCCUAACCCGAGAAAUCCUCAUCAUAACCAUGUGUCACUCAGGUGAGAGGCACUUAAAUGCAGUGAAGGUAGAGUAUUGGGUAGAGGAAUGGCAUAGAUAAGUUCUAGGUUAGCUGUUACAGUGAGUGCAAUAGCAUCAUGGUCUCCCAGAGCAGACGAGAGCAAGAGAGCGAAGGACAAGUGACUCAGAGUCAGACAGGAGGAAGAGCGAGACACUGAUAAAGAGACACACACAUAGAAUCAGUCGCAUCAUCAGUCCAGUAUGCAGAACCUUACCAGUGAGAGCUUUAGCAUCAUUAACCACACAGUCUAAGACCCAGAAGCACCCAGGAUGCACAGGACCUUAAGAGCCGACAUGCAAGAGGACUCUGGCCCAUGCUUAACUGUCCAUAGGACACGGAAAAGGAAGGGUAAUGGUUGGCUCUAGGUUUGUGCCUGAGGUGAACUUUUACCCAAAGGAGACAUUUUCAGUUGUUGGGAAGCACGGAUACACACACAAGCAUAUACAACACACCCUCCUGGAAAGGCAUAUGAGAUGCUGUUUAGCAUGUCUUACCGCUGAGCAAUGGUAGAACGCUCUUUUGUACAAAGUACAAGUACAUAUAAUUCUUGUAUUUUAUUUUUCUAUAAUUUCCAAAGAGAUGUGGUAGAUCUUGCACACUGUAAGAAGCAGUUUAAAGCGAAUAUUUAUUUGCAAAUAAAAGUGAACAGUUCUGGUG